AUGGCUACAUCAAGACUGGCAAACGUUGCCGAGCAGGCAAUUGGACACGAUGGUGGCGCCGUGACGCAGCAAGAUAUUGCUAACUACGAAAAGUCAGGAGACGGAGGGCAUACCAUGAAGGCCCUCACCUGGCAAGGGAAAAAUAAAGUUCAAGUCCUGGACGUGCCUCGGCCAAAGAUUAUCGAGCCUCGCGACGUAAUUCUCAAGGUUACAGGCAGUACUAUCUGCGGCAGCGACCUCCAUCUUCUACACGGUGAAUUUUCUGUUGUUCACCAAGCGUGGUACCAAUGUUCGGUGCUUCAAAUGCAAGUCAACGACAUCCUCGGUCACGAGUUUUGCGGUAUCGUCGAUGAUGUUGGCCCCGACGUGAAGAAUAUUCAGAAGGGAGGACGAUAUGUUGCUUCGUUUCAGAUUGCUUGCGGUGAUUGCUUCUUUUGCAAACAGAAGUUGUCCUCCCAGUGCGAGCGCACAAACUCGAACUCGACUCAAAAGGCACUUUACGGCUCACAGACGGCUGGUAUCUUUGGCUAUUCGCACCUCACGGGCGGGUUUGCCGGUGGUCAGGCAGAGUACGUGCGAGUACCCUUUGGCGACGUCAACCUGCUGCACAUACCCGACGACGUCCCCGACGAAAAGGCCUUGUACCUUUCAGACGUGCUGGCUACAUCAUACAAUGCAGUCAAAGACACUGCAGUCUAUCCCAACGACCAGGUGGCUAUCUUCGGCGCGGGGCCGAUUGGCCAAAUGGCCGGUGUUUUUGCGCUCAAUGAAGGGGCCAAAAAGGUCAUCUUUGUUGAUACCGAGCCACGCUUGAGUUUUGUCAUGGGUCGCUGGCCAGCCAAGAAUGCUGACCAGCUGGAACUGAUCGACUACAAGACGCUCAGCUUUGGGACCACCAAUAAAGAGACCGUUGUCAGCAAACUAAAGGAUCUUUGCGACGGCCGUGGCCCAGACGUGGCCAUUGAUUGCGCCGCUGGCGAGUACGCCAAGGGAUGGUUCCAUUGGGUUCAGAUGCAAAUCGGUGCUGAGACAGACACGAGCGAGAUUCUGAACGAGAUGAUUGAAAGUGUCCGUAACUACGGCCGUGUGGGUGUAACAGGCGUCUACGUUGGUUAUACGAACCAUUUCAACAUUGGCUCACUUAUGGAGCGCGGCAUUCGGCUCAUUGGCAAUGGCCAGGCACCUGUCCAAAAAUACUGGGAGCAUCUGUUGAAGCAGGUUCAGUCCGGUGCCCUGGAUCCUCUGCAGAUGGUCUCGCAUCGGGUUCGGCUUGAAAACAUGGAGCAGGUGUAUCGCGCAUUCGAUCACAAAGAAGAUUCAAUGCAGAAAAUCUACGUGGAAACAAAGUUCUCGUCUCCUAGAGCAAGCAAGUUUCCCGAGUUGACGACAUUCUGA